GUCCGUGUCCCGGAUGUGAUCGUGUUUUUCUGCAGGCCGCCUACCCCGGUUUGAUGGCGGAGUGCGCACGUUAAUUAUCGAAGGUUUUUUUGUUUUUAAACUCAAUAAAUGAGUGUUUCAGCUGAACAAAAGAGAUCUGUGUGGUAAACAGGGUGGUAUUGAGGACGGAAGGUUGUGUGUGAGUGUGAUUUUCUCUAAUCCCAGCCCAGUUUGAAGAGGCAGCCAUGCCGCCUGUUCAGAUCAGCCAGCCCGAGCCCAACAACAAGGGCGAUGAACAGAAAGAUGAGACGCCGGCAACUAAGCCCAUUGUGGGAAUCAUUUACCCACCACCUGAAGUCCGAAAUAUCGUUGACAAGACUGCGAGCUUCGUAGCCAGGAACGGCCCAGAGUUUGAAGCAAGGAUUCGGCAGAAUGAGAUCAACAACCCAAAGUUUAAUUUUCUCAACCCUAAUGAUCCUUACCAUGCUUACUACCGCCACAAAGUUAAUGAGUUCAAAGAAGGAAAAGGCCAGGAGCCAUCGGCGGCGGUGCCUAAGGUUAUGCAGCAACAGUCCCUGCAGCAAUCCCAACAGCAGCUUCCACAGAAGGUCCAAGCCCAGGUGAUCCAUGAGACAAUUGUGCCGAAGGAGCCUCCUCCAGAGUUUGAGUUCAUCGCUGAUCCUCCCUCCAUCUCAGCCUUUGACCUAGAUGUUGUGAAGCUGACAGCUCAGUUUGUCGCCCGCAAUGGCCGUCAGUUUCUCACACAGCUGAUGCAGAAAGAACAGAGGAACUACCAGUUUGACUUUUUGAGGCCUCAGCACAGCCUCUUCAACUAUUUCACCAAACUGGUGGAACAGUACACAAAGGUUUUGAUUCCUCCAAAAGGACUUCUGCAGAAACUCAAAAGGGAGGCUGAGAAUCCACGGGAGGUUCUGGAUCAGGUGCGGUACAGGGUGGAAUGGGCCAAGUUCCAGGAGCGAGAAAGGAAGAAAGAGGAAGAGGAGAGAGAGAGAGAGCGUGUGGCUUAUGCUCAGAUUGACUGGCAUGACUUUGUUGUUGUGGAGACAGUUGACUUCCAGCCCAAUGAGCAAGGUAACUUCCCUCCUCCCACUACUCCUGAGGAACUGGGUGCUCGCAUCCUGAUCCAGGAGCGCUAUGAGAAGUACGGAGAGAGUGAGGAAGUGGAGAUGGAGGUGGAGAGUGAGGAUGAGGAUGACGAGCGUGAGAACCGAGAUGAUGGUCGUGCAGCUCAGCCUGAUCAGGAUACACAGCUACAAGAUAUGGAUGAGGGUUCUGAUGAUGAUGAAGAUGGAAUGAAGAUUCCUCUUCCCCCUGAUAAUCCUAUGCCCCCUCCACUGCCACCGACCCCAGACCAGGUCAUCAUCCGGAAAGACUAUGACCCCAAGGCUUCUAAGCCCCAGGCUCCUGUCCAGACUACGGAUGAGUACCUCAUUUCUCCCAUCACCGGUGAGAAGAUUCUGGCCAGUAAGAUGCAAGAGCACAUGCGUAUCGGCCUGCUGGACCCACGCUGGCUGGAGCAGAGAGACCGCAGUAUCCGCGAGCGGCAGAUAGAGGAGGAAGUGUACGCCCCCGGCCUGGACAUCGAGAGCAGCCUGAAGCAGCUCGCCGAGAGACGUACCGAUAUUUUCGGUGUGGAGGAAACGGCUAUCGGAAAGAAGAUCGGAGAGGAAGAGAUCCAGAAACCAGAGGAGAAGGUGACAUGGGACGGUCACUCUGGCAGUAUGGCUCGUACUCAGCAGGCCGCCCAAGCUAACAUCACCCUGCAGGAGCAGAUCGAAGCCAUCCACAAAGCCAAGGGUCUGGUGCAGGAGGAUGACACCAAGGAGAAGAUUGGACCCAGCAAACCUAAUGAGCUGCCCCAGCCUCCAAUGCCAUCCUCUGUGGCCAAUUUACCCAAACCCAGCCCACCAAUCAGCACCAUGCCUAAGCCCCCACCUGUGGUUCCACCCCCAGUCCGGACCACUCUGCUGUCUGCUGUGCCCGUUAUUCCACGGCCCCCGAUGGCUCCUGUGGUGCGUUUGGCCCCUGGGCAGGUGCUGACCCCCAUGCCACCCAUGGUACACGCGCCACGCAUCAAUGUGGUGCCCAUGCCUCCCACAGCUCCACACAUCAUGGCUCCAAGACCUCCACCUAUGGUGGUCCCUGCAGCAUUUGUUCCAGCCCCUCCAGUGCCACAGCCUCCCAGUGCAGCUCCAGCCCCAAUGCCACCUGCUCACCCUCCACCUCCCCACGAGGACGAGCCAGUCAACAAGAAGAUGAAGACAGAGGACAACCUGAUACCCGAAGAGGAAUUCCUGCGCAGAAACAAGGGUCCCGUGGCAGUCAAAGUUCAGGUACCCAACAUGCAGGACAAGACCGAAUGGAAGCUGAAUGGACAAGUGCUCAACUUCACCAUGCCUCUAACAGACCAGGUGUCUGUUAUCAAGGUUAAGAUCCAUGAAGCCACUGGAAUGCCUGCAGGCAAACAGAAACUUCAAUAUGAGGGUAUUUUCAUCAAGGACUCAAACUCUCUGGCUUACUACAACAUGAACAACGGCUCUGUUAUUCAUCUCGCCCUCAAGGAGAGAGGAGGAAGGAAGAAGUAGUUUAUACUCUCGAAACUCCUCCUACUGCUCAGCUCUAUUACCAUCCCUGUUUAGAAGAUUCAUAUGUAGAAAUUGCUGCAGUUUUUGCUUGGUAGUUUAUACUGUUAUCAACAAGCUGGAUUCCUUGGAACUGUCACACUCUUGUAUGAAAUGUCUAUAGUGUUAGGCAUUUAUCUUGUGUAGUUAAGUAUGUUUUACUGUUUUGGCUGAUACUAGGCUUAUGUUUCACCUUUCAGAUCUAAAACACUGCUUUUGUGAGAUUCUGAAAUGAAAAAAAUGAAAAUGUUAUUACAAAGCAGAAUCAAAUAAAUUUAAGGAAAAACCUUAAAUAA